CUAACCUAUCUUUUGAUUGUCAAAAAAUGACAACACGAAAGAGGAGCGGUUCGGGAUCAAAAAGGCAGCUAAAAGAGAAGGUUGUUCAGAUUUACGAGUCGUUUUUCAAAGGGGAUGAAACCUACAAAACGAAUGCAACGUUUUGGGAUGAAUUUUUCCUAUUAAAACCUAAAGUAACUCACUUAGAAAAUGAGAUACAAAAGAUCACUCAGGAACAGCUUUCAACAACAGUUAAAGAUAACAUAAACGAGCUAUUUAGUCAAUGUAUUGAGACAUUAACGCACGAAAAUGGUCCCCAAGCAAGCAAGGAGCAGUAUAUUCGUAUUAUUUGUGCUAUGCAAACAUUAUGUGCUCUUGUACAUGCCGUUUAUAAGAGAAUUACCGCCGAAAGUGGAUUAGAUAUAAUAAACUUAUUGAUUGGAUUUGAAGAUGCAGAGAAAAAGAUGCAAAAGAUCUUAGAUCAUUGUCAUAAUUUUCUAACGGGCGAAUACCCCGACUCGUUAAAAGGUUUGUGUUUAAAAUUAUUAUUGGUAUUUGUAACAGGAACAGAAAAUGUGAGCCAGAACACUUUAGUUGAGUACAUAAUGAUAACAUCAAUGUUUGAAUGUUUAAUGCAAUUAUUAUGCGACGCCCCAAAAAGACAGCUGCAUGGUCAUGAUGUUGUACUCUUAUUAACACUAUUAGUUAAUUAUCGAAAACAUGAAACUGCAAAUCCUUACGUUGUUAAAUUGUCAAUUCUUGAUGAUGAGUUAGCAUUAAAUGGAUAUGGACAAGUGAUUACUUCGUCUUUAACGGAAUUUUGUAGACAAUUUACAUUACAACAAUCAGAAAUGCAAAACGCAUCCUGGUUAUCAUCUUUAACAAAUAUGGUAGGGAAUAUGUUUAUUUCUGAGGAAGGAGCUAUUCGUACACAACAAAUCAGAGCAAAUAAUGCGCUUUUAGUUGCUUUGUACGAGGCGAUUCAUUUAAAUCGAAACUUUAUUACUACUUUAUCACAAACGCAAACCGAUACAAGUUUACCCCCUUCACCAAGUAAUACUUUAAAUGCUGGACAAUCGGCUCCUAAUUUAACUAAUCUUCCGGUUGUUGAUAUCAUUGCACAACCAUCAAAUUUAUUAGUAACUUUCUUUCAGUAUUGUUCAAUUAUAAUGCAAGACACGAAAUCGGAAAGCGGUGGGAAUACAGUAAAAUUAUGUUUUUUGAUUUUAAGUUGUAUUGCGGAAGAUCAAUAUGCAAAUUCUUUAAUGCAUGAUAUUAGCUUAACUUUUAAAGUUCAUUUACAUAGGAUGCCAAUGAGACAUAGAAAAGUGUCGAUUGAUAAAAUCGCGGCAUCACAACCGCUGGCUUCAACUUUAUUAGAUUUACUGGUUGAGUUCAUAAUGAGUCAUAUGAUGAAAAAAUUUCCUAUGGAACUCUACACGUUAUGUAUUGGGGUGAUUCAUAGAAUUCUUUGUUAUCAAAAACGCUGUAGAGUGAGGAUUAAUUAUCAAUGGAAGGAACUUUGGACGGCUUUAAUAACAUUAUUGAGAUUCCUCGUUCAAAAUGAGUCGCAAUUAACGAAAAAAAUGAAUAUUUUCGAUCUGUUAAUACAAGUCGUUAAUAUUUUAAAUCUUUUUAUUACUUAUGGAGAUACUUUUUUGCCAACGCCCGGAAGUUACGAUGAAUUAUAUUAUGAAUUGAUUAGAAUGCAUCAAGUUUUUGAUAAUGUUUAUACAAUGGGAUUAAGAUACGCAAGCGGUGAUUCCGAGUUCAAGGAUAAUGCUCAAAAAUUAAAUAAUUGCCUAAUCAAUAUUCGUGCGAUCAUAAAACAUUUUUCACCGAAAAUCGAACAAUGGUUGACGGCACAGAAUUUAUCUACACCCUCAGAAGAUCAAAUCUUGGAGGUUGUUAGGAAAAAUUACGAUAGUUUAACUUUAAAAUUACAGGAUUCAUUAGAUCAAUACGAGAGAUACUCUGAAAAGCCUAAACACACCCAAUUUUUCACCACUAUGGUUAGAAACGUUGUAUCUGAUACACGGCAAAGUAUCGAUUUUGCGACUAUCGAUUUUCAGAUAAUUAUACAAGACUUACAAACGAAUUAGUUCGUAUAUACAUAUAUUUUAUAGUCGUAUAUACGUUUUGUAAAUAUAAGUGAAUAAAACUGUAUGUUUCUUAAAAA